UCUCGAAAGUGUCUACAGAUUUGCAGAACUGAAGGUAUUGCUCUUUAGAAAAUGGAGAAAUCUGUCUGGAAUCACAUAUGCGACGUUUUAGAUGACCUGGGGAGUUCAAACCUUAAAAGAUUUACCGACAAACUAUGUGACUCUCGUCUGGAACCGCGCAUUCGACGGAAUAAUGUUGAGGGGAAAGAUGCCAGCGACAUCGCGCGCCUUCUUAUAGAAAAGCACACUGAAAUACGGGCGGUGGAGGUUGCAGUCGAAGUUUGUCGCUCUAUUGGCUGCAAUCAGAGCGCGGACGAACUAGAAGACACUGUCAAAAGACAAUGUCCAGCACCCCAGGCUGUGCCCUGUCCCCCGCGCGACGUUAAUACUCUUACCGCCAGCACCUUGCAGUUCAAACAGAGCAUUAUUCAAGAAAAAGGAAAUAAUAUUUACAAUGUCAAGGAGAAGCAUUCAAGGAAGCGGUUGGCCCUGAUCAUCAACAACGUGGAGUUUGGUAACGAGAGCAUGAAAAGAAACGGAGCUCAAAGAGAUGAGGAGAACAUAGACAAGCUGCUGACAGCUCUGGGCUAUGAAGUUGUAAAACACGCCAACCUCUCUGGAAAAGAAAUGGAUGAGAAGAUAAGGGACUUUGCUAAACGCAAAGAGCAUGCAGACUCAGACAGCACCUUUGUGGUUAUAAUGUCCCAUGGCAAGAGGGAUGCCAUUCUGGGAGUCAAUUAUGGACCCAGCAACACAUCAGAUGUCCUUCCUGUGGAUAACAUCUAUGUCCACCUGAACACCAGCAACUGUCCUAGUCUUCGCGACAAACCAAAGGUUAUUCUUAUUCAAGCAUGCAGAGGAGGUGAGACUGGCGGUGUGUGGGUUUCUGAUAGUGAGGAAACUGAGCCGUGUAACUUUGAGAGUGAUGAUACAUUUGUGCACAAAGAGAAGGAUUUCAUCUCACUGCUGUCUUGCACACCUGACACUAAAUCCUACAGGCAUAGAGAAACGGGUACAUUAUUUAUCAGAUACAUAGUGGAGGUGUUCAACACUAAUGCACAUAAGGACCACAUUGAGGAAUUGUUCAGACAGGUUAUGAUGCAGUUUGAGGAUUUCAGUACACUCAAACAGAUGGUGUGUAAGGACCGUACCUCUCUGGUUAAGCUUUUUUACCUGUUCCCUGGACUCUGAGACUCUUCACCAGUCAUUUCUUCUUGAGAUUAAGUUAAAUGUUCUCCUGUGGUACCCUUAAAAGACACAAUGUUAACAUUUUUAGCAAGAUGGUAAAUAUACACAAUGAAUUAAAACAUUCAACUAUCAAAAUAAAAUAAAAAUAAUUUUUCAUAUAGAUUAAGCCUUCCUAUAUCUAUAUUAUUUUGCCUGCUGUAUCUCUGCUAAGCUUUACCUAGUUGUGUAAUUCAUUUUAAUUAAAAAAGAACCUGAAGAUUUCUCUUUCCAUGUUAUAACCUGGCCUGCUGGCUAAACAUUUGUUUCCUUGCAUUGUCCUGGUUUUCAAUGUUUGUUCCAGAAAAUGUAUUGUGUUUUGAGUUAAUGUACUUUGUUAGGGUUGAUCAUAAAGUAAAGUCAGGGAAUGUCCUGCAUAUCAAAGCACAUUCAUAAUCACUUAAAUUCAAAACUAAACCUAGUAUGUCUUCCCACCCAACCGAAAAUGUUCUUAACAAAGAAUGCAUUUGAUUUGUAUAGAUUACCCUCAUCAAAUGUUUUAUAAAGGUAUGCUGCUGUUGGCAAGUUUACUCAAUGCCAUGAUAUGAUAGCAGAAAAACCUACUCCUCUCACGAUUAGUCCCUCCCAUCUUCCGUGUUCCGUAUUUUCCCUGUCUUGUGUGGGUUUUUUUUUAGUUCGUUCC